AUGUUCACUGCUGUAGAACGAGGAUAUUUUGUGUCUAUCGGUGAUGUGCUUGCUAAGAGGGCUGAGCUGCUGAUUAAGAUACCUGAGAACAUGAACGCCUAUGAAAGUACGAAAAAGUUUCCUCAGGAGAUGUCGUUGAUCAAUCAGUUGGGGGAACGGGUGUCGAGCGGCUGCGCGAUCGUGUUAGCGUUAGUUAAAAAGGACAAGCUGUUCAUAGCUAACGUUGGUUGCGGGAACGAACUAGUGGUUCAACAGCUGUCAGUCGACCACGACAUCGACAAUCCGGAUGAAGUCAUGCGUUUGACAAAGCUGGGUCUGAAUCUGGACGCCAUCCGGCACUUCAGCCACACCACGCGUUGUCUGGGCGAUUUUCCCAGAAAAGGUGGCUACAAGGAUUUCGAGCUGCUCAGCUGUGCGAAAUCGGAACCGGUCAUCAGCGACCCCGCUUUCAGCAGCGGGAUAACGAUCGGCAAGUCGUUCUGCUUCUUGCUGCUCAUGUCAUCCGGCGUGUACCUGAAUUUGGAAAAUGCUACCGGCACCAUGCAGGUCAACGAAGACAUCGCGUACAUGGUUGCGCGCGAGUUCUGUCGGCAGUCUACCGAAACCUCAGUCGCCCAGGCGGUGUUAGAUGAAAUUGGCCGUAUACAUCAGAAUGCGUUUUUAAACGUGGAGAUGCGCAGUCCGUUUUGCCAUAAACGCGAAGAUAUGACUCUUUUGGUGCGGCGUUUCGAUGGGGAGUUCAGUAGCAGCGACAGCGGCGGCUUUCUACCAAGAAGAUGCCAGACUUACAGUGAUGUCCUGCAGAACGUAAACACGCUGACGCCAUCAACCGAUUUAUCGUUCGACUCGUCAAAUAGCGAGGAGUACGAGUUACCGUUGAACGAAAACGGUGACCUUGAACCUUAUGUUGAUUUCUCUGAUUACUAUUCGACUGCGUCGACAAACACAGAACAGAUUAAGGCUUUGGAAGAGGCCAUGAAGGAUCUAUGA